AUGAGGGUAAUACGGGCGGUAAACAGCUGUCGCGCUGCUCUUGCGACAAGAAACGCAGCGCUGGUGGGCCGCCGGGCCUUGCCAUACGCUGCUACCAUCAACAGCGCCAGACUGGGAGGUCUCAGAGAGUUCAGCAGGACGUCCAACUACAGGGCUGCCGAGGGUGCUGCUGCCGCUCUCAAGCAGGCCAAGGAGCUGGCCCAGGCCAACAUGACCCCCGAAGCUGCCGCCGCGAAGGUCUCCCCCGCCGAGGCUGCCAGGUUGGCACAUGUCCGGAACAUCGGUAUCGCAGCACACAUCGAUUCCGGCAAGACCACUGUAUCCGAGCGCAUUCUCUUCUACACCGGCAGAACGAAGCACAUUCACGAAGUUCGCGGGCGUGAUGGCGUCGGUGCCAAGAUGGACUCCAUGGAACUGGAGAGGGAGAGAGGUAUCACCAUUCAGUCUGCCGCCACCUUUGCCGACUGGAAGUACAAGACCAAAGACGGCAAGGAGGAUAUCUACCACCUGAACUUGAUCGACACGCCCGGACAUAUUGAUUUCACCAUCGAGGUCGAGAGAGCCAUGAGAGUGUUAGACGGCGCCGUCAUGGUGCUGUGCGCUGUCAGUGGUGUCCAAUCCCAGACCAUCACGGUCGAUCGCCAGAUGAAGCGUUACAACGUCCCCCGUAUCUCAUUCGUCAACAAGAUGGAUCGUAUGGGUGCCAACCCCUUCAGGGCUGUCGAGAUGAUCAACUCCAAGCUCAAGAUCCCCGCUGCCGCUAUUCAGAUCCCGAUCGGUGCUGAGAAGGAGUUUGAGGGUGUCGUUGAUCUCAUUGAGAUGAGGGCAAUCAGAAACGAUGGCCAACGUGGUGUCAACGUCAAGGUCUCGAACCAGAUCCCCGAGGAGUUGAAGGAGUUGGCCGAGCAAAAGAGACAAGAGCUGAUUGAGAAAUUGGCCGAUGUCGACGAUGAGAUCGCCGAAAUGUUCUUGGACGAGAUCACCCCCACCCCCGAGCAGAUCAAGGCUGCUAUCCGCAGAGCGACUAUUGGCCUCAAGUUCACCCCUGUGUUGAUGGGCUCUGCCCUCGCCGACAAGUCCAUCCAGCCCAUGCUUGACGCUGUCUGCGACUACCUCCCCAACCCCAACGACGUUCCCAACAUGGCUCUCGACCGGUCCAAGGGCGAAGCUCCUGUCAGCUUGCUUCCCUACAACUCUCUUCCCUUUGUCGGCCUCGCCUUCAAGCUGGAAGAGAACCCUUAUGGUCAGCUCACCUACAUGCGUGUCUACCAGGGCUCCCUGAAGAAGGGCCAGUACCUCUUCAACACCCGCAAUGAUAAAAAGGUCCGCAUUCCCCGCAUCGUCCGCAUGCACUCCAAUGAAAUGGAGGACGUGGCCGAGAUUGGCGCCGGUGAAAUUUGUGCCGUCUUCGGCGUUGAGUGCGCCUCCGGUGACACCUUCACCGACGGUCGCCUUCCUUACGGCAUGAGCUCCAUGUACGUCCCUGACGCCGUCAUGUCUCUCAGCAUCAAGCCCAAGCGUAGCAGCGACGCCGACGCCUUCUCCAAGGCCAUGAACCGCUUCAUGCGUGAGGAUCCCACCUUCCGCCUCCACGUCGAUGAGGAGUCAGAAGAGACCAUCAUCAGCGGUAUGGGCGAACUUCAUCUAGACAUUUACGUCGAGCGUCUCCGCCGUGAGUACAAGGUCGACUGCGAGACUGGCAAACCCCGCGUCGCCUACCGCGAGACCAUUAGCCGCAAGGCCGAGUUCGACUUCUUGCUCAAGCGCCAGUCCGGCGGUCCCGGUGAUUACGCCCGUGUUGUUGGCUGGGUCGAGCCCAACGCUGAAGACGCCGAGAAGAACUACUUCGAGACCCGCGUCGUCGGUGGUACCAUUCCCGAAAAGUACCUCGCCGCUUGCGGGAAGGGUUUCGAAGAAGCCUGCCUCAAGGGUCCCCUUUUGGGCCACAGGGUCAUUGGUGCCAGCAUGAUCAUCACUGACGGUGCUACUCACGUUACUGAUUCCAGUGACUACGCCUUCAACCUCGCCACUCAGAUGGCGUUCCGCAAGGCCUUCCCAGAUGCGGGCGGUGCAGUGCUCGAGCCGUUGAUGAAGACGACAAUCACCGCGCCGGUGGAGUUCCAGGGUAACAUCCUCAUGUUGAUGAACAAGAGGGGUACCAUUGUUGAUACCGAGGUGGGCGCGGAUGAGUUCACGCUUGUGGCGGACUGCAGUUUGAACGCCAUGUUUGGGUUCAGCACUCACUUGAGAGCGGCUACGCAGGGUAAGGGAGAGUUCAGCAUGGAGUUCAGCCAUUAUGCGCCUGCGCCGCCGCAUUUGCAGAAGGAGUUGGUUGCUGCCUAUGAGAAGGAGCUCGACUCCAAGAGAACCAAGUAAAUCAGCAAUCGCAAGAUUUGUUGAUAGGAUUUGGGGAUUUCCCCGCCCCGCGCCCCCCUGGCCAGGGCUUGGUGAGAAUGAUACCCGCCCUGCUCAAAAUUUAGAGCCAUGGAUGGCUUCACCAUACACCAGUCAUCACCACGUCACAAGGGAAUCAUCACCCCUACGAGCCAUGAAUAACUUGGUGUAGGGCAACCUCAGGGGUAGAUACACCACGAAGAGGUACCAUAGACAGAGAUGGAUAGGCAUAAAUGGGACAGGAAAACAAGGUGGGACGAUGAUAUCGGUACACAAUAAAGGGGUCAUGUUUUUUUUUUUUUUGAUGUUGUUGGAUGUAUGUAUAUAUGGAUGUGUAGACAAAGAUUGUAUGAUAGGUGCUGUCUGAUACACACGGGGCGCAAGGCGCAGAGGUUGCGUCAUAUGGGGUUUGAUGGUUAAUGAACGACAUCCUCUCUCUCUCUGUCUCUGAUA